CUGACGCUAGGCGCGGGGCUGCCGGCCGGCGCUCCCGGUCCCCCGAGCGCCGCGCGCUAUGGCGGGCGCCCCGCUAGUCCACAGCUCCGCGGCCGCCGGCUAGUCGGGCUGCGCGGUCCCUGCUGCCCUACUCCUUCCCCCCCGCGUCCCGGGCCUCGGAGCCGCGCUGGCGAGGAUGAGUUCCUGGAGCUGGUUCUUGCUGCAGACCCUCUGUCUCCUGCUCACCGGCGCAGACCCGCGGCGCGGCGCGCCUGCCUUCGCCAACUGCGAGCUCAAGCCCCAGCAAAGUGAAUUGAAUUCCUUGUGGACCAUAAAGCGAGACCCGCCAUCUUACUUCUUUGGCACGAUCCAUGUUCCGUACACUCGGGUUUGGGACUUCAUCCCGGACAACUCCAAGGAAGCUUUUCAGCAGAGCAGCAUUGUGUACAUCGAGGUGGACCUCACUGACCCCUACACAAUCUCGGCCCUCACUAGUUGUCAGAUGCUGCCACAGGGAGAGAACCUCCAGGACGUACUCCCCCGGGACAUCUACUGCCGCCUCAAGCGACACCUAGAGUACGUCAAGCUCAUGAUGCCCUUGUGGAUGACUCCGGACCAGCAUGGCAAAGGCCUCUAUGCCGACUACCUCUUCAAUGCCAUUGCGGGGAACUGGGAGCGGAAGAGGCCCAUCUGGGUGAUGCUUAUGGUCAACUCCCUGACGGAAGUGGACAUUAAGUCCCGUGGGGUGCCUGUCUUAGACCUAUACCUUGCCCAGGAGGCUGAGCGGCUGAGGAAGCAGACUGGGGCUGUGGAAAAGGUAGAAGAGCAGUGCCAUCCACUGAAUGGGCUGAACUUCUCACAGGUCAUCUUUGCUUUGAACCAGACCCUCCUGCAGCAGGAGAGCCUUCGAGCAGGCAGCCUUCAGAUCCCCUACACGAUGGAGGAUCUCAUCAAACACUAUAACUGUGGGGACCUCAGCUCUGUCAUCUUCAGCCAUGACAGCUCCCAGGUUCCCAAUUUUAUUAACGCCACGCUGCCGCCCCAGGAGCGCGUCACGGCGCAGGAGAUCGACAGCUACUUCCGCCAGGAGCUUAUCUACAAGCGGAAUGAGAGAAUGGGGAAGCGGGUGAAGGCGCUCUUGGAAGAGUUUCCUGACAAAGGCUUUUUCUUUGCCUUUGGAGCUGGUCAUUUCAUGGGCAACAACAUAGUACUUGAUGUCUUGCGGCGCGAAGGCUAUGAGGUAGAACACGCCCCUGCUGGACGAACCAUCAACAAAGAGAAGAGCCAAACUCCGUCCUUGGGGCUCACCUUCUCGUCCAUCUUUGCUCCGGAAGUGCCUGCUGUGGACAUGCGAGCUCCGGAAGCUGCGUUUGCGGCCCACUCGCUGUUUCUGCCUCACGAGUCCCCGCCUGGAAGUGCCGACCUGGGUGGUGGGGCCGAGCCGAAGUAUCUGAAGAAGUGGAGGCGGUCACGCCCACAGCGAAGUCAGCGGCUUAGGCAGUUCAGUGAUCUGUGGGUUCGACUGGAGGAGCGUGUCAUGGUCCCACAGCGCCAGGUCCCCAUUCUGGAUAGGUCCGUCUCAGCCGAGCUGCAGCUCAACCGUGGGCAUUCCCACCACAGCCAGUUGGUAGCCAGCAGUGCCUGCCUGUCUCUCUGGACUCCUGUGUUCUGGGUGCUGGCACUGGCUUUCCAAACAGAGGCACCCCUCCUGUAAUGACUGGAGGGGCCAGGCCAAGCCCCUGACCCCAUGGACUUGAAGGAUGGCCAUUCCUGUACUCCACACUCUGCUCUAGCCUUGAUAGGCCCAACCCAAGAAAAGAGAGUAAAAUGCAGUGUUGGUUCUUCUCUGUCCAAGAAUUGACUUUGGGUUAUCCAGCAGAGCUUGGGGUGAGGACAGCGCUGCCUAAAGAGGCUACAUUUACCGACCUUGCCCAGCUACUGGAGAUGGAGCCUGGCCCCUAGGCCCCCAGAGCCUGCCCUGCCGGGUCACACGGCCAAACAUAUCACCUUCAGCCACUGCAGACCACUGAAAUGAACCACUGCUGAACUCUUGAUAGUAUUCAGAAAGUAUCAUCUUGAUGUGAGGCGGAACACAGGAAAAUAGAGGUGAGGUGGCACCACCGGUUUUUUCAUAUCCUUAACUUGGAUUUGAUAAUCAUUUUGGGGUAAGAGACAUAAGGGCAAGUUUUCUGUGCAUACUGGACACCUGAGUGUUGAGAACACAUGGCAGAUGGAGGCGCUCUUGAACAGAAUGUGGAACAGGCAGACAGGAACAGGUGACACAAGAAGCCCUGACAAGCAGGAGCAGCACUUCCGUGAGACUUGACUCUGAGUGACUUCUGGAAGGGAAGCACGAACACAGCACUCCCAGUUACUCCCUGACGUCCCCAUGAGCAGUGCUCACAUGAUAUAGGGUUCGCAUAACGGAAGAAGGUAUGAAGCGAGAAGGGGCAUCCUCAAAACUGCCCCAAAGAGGAGGGUGGAGAGAGAGUGCAAGGAAGUGCUAUCACAUUCUACUCUGGAAUAACAAGGAAGACUAAGAUUCUCUUUCUUUCCCUAGUGUUCCCAGGUGUAGACAAAGGCCAACCUGGGGAUAGGGUUUGUUUGUGAAGGGUUGUUGUGAAGGGUUAUAAAACUAAGUUGUUGGAGAUAGUUGCAAGGUCUUUGCUGUUCUUUUGGUUUUCUGUUUUCGGUUAGUGGUUCUGGGGAGCCUUUUGGCCAAUGGGCUUUCUAAGGUUCCCUUCUCUGGCUCCCUUGUCUCUCUAUAUUGCUGCCUGUCUGUCCUCUUCUCCCAAUGCCCAUUUCUUUCAGCUGGAUAUUCCUGGGUUGGGAGUUUGUUUCUAGAAAGUCAAAGGGUCUAGGGCAGGGGCCAUGAAAAAUCACUGUGGGAACUGCUGUUCGGUAUUGGUUCUAUUGAAAGGAGAGCUCAAAGGGGGUCUGCACAAGCUUUCUGUCUAGACCCGACUGCCCAAAAGAAACGUAAUGUGAGCCACAUGUAUAAUUCUAUCUUUUCUAAGUUUAUUGAAAGUAAAGGAAACAAGUGAAAUUAAUUUUAACAAUAAUUUUAUUCAGCCCAAU